AUGAAAUUAAUUUUCUCUUUAAUUUUAGUUAUCUUCACUUUAUUUGUUUCAGCAAAUGCUAAUGUUGAUUCACAAAUUGAUAGACUCGCUGAAUUUGGCGAAUCAAUGAAUAUCACUUUAUCACAAUCAGUUUGUAAUGCUGCUGCUGCUAAAGCAGAACAUUACGCAACUUGUGGUUGUCCAUACGUUUGGGGUGGUACAAGCUGUGGUUGUGGUGGUUCAGGUGGUAUGGAUUGCAGUGGUAUCGUUUAUACCUCAUUUAGAGAAGCAGGUUGGACUGGUAUUACCCGUACUACUACAACUCAAUACAAACAAGGUACCGCAUGUAGUGGUUGUAGCGGUAGUAAUACUUCAGGUUGUAAAGCUGGUGAUUUAUUAUUCUACUGUUUCGGUUGUUCAGGUGGUGUCCCAGAUCAUGUCAUCAUGGCAAUUGGUGGUAACAGAGCUGUUCAAUGCCCAGAACCAGGUCAAGAUUGUUCUGUUAUUGAUAUUUAUUCUGAAAACUAUAUGUUAUGUCGUUCAAUGUGUUAG